UUUGAAGUGAGUUUCCUGCCAUUCGUCAAGUCACGAAAGAUCCGAGGAAACAGGCUCCUUCAAAACACCGAAAAGAGGGUUAACACUUCCACAUUUCUAGUUUCUAAUUUCUAAGCUACUCAUACUCGUUUUCCUUGUUUAUUUCUCUCUCUUCUUUUUCCCUCCACAUCUCUAGUAAUAACACCCCUUUUCCUUCAUCAAUGGCGGAAGUUUCUUUCCUCCAUUUUCCCGAAGAAGACCACGAUUUGUUCGUUGAUAACGACUUAUUAUUAGAUGAGAUCUCCACCCUUGAUUCCUUCCCAUACUGGUCCCAAAUCGCAGAUUCCGAUUCUCUCUCUUCUCGCCGACACGACGACGAAAUAUUCGCGCCCAAUUCUUCGAUUAAUAUUACGAGACCUCCAAACGGAUCUAAUUUUGCUGCCGACACCAUUGAAGAUCGAAACAAUCAGGUAAAUUUUGUUAUGGAUUUGUUUCAUCAACGCGUUGAGCAAUCUCAGGUUGUGGGUGGUUGUGAAUUUGUGUCGGAAACUGUAAAUGAUUUGAAUUUUGGGGUAAUUGAGGAUAAUUAUGAUGUGGGUGUUAAUUCUUUGGACUUGGAUUUGCGGUUAGAGAGAUUAGGGUUAGGGUUAGGGUUAGAAGAUGAUGACAGAGAUGGGUUUCGAUGUGGUGCCUUUAUGCUUUCGGAUUACAGAGACGAGUUUUACGUUGCGAGGAGAGAAAGUGGGAAUGGAAGUAGGGAUGAGAAUGAGAUAAAUAAUGAAAUUUCGUGUAGUUCGUCUAGGGUUAGUGGUUUAAUGGUGGUUGGGAUCGAUUCGGAUGAUGAUGAUGAGGAGGAAGGGAAUGGGAUGUUUCGAUUUCAUGUGCAUUCUGAAGAGGAAGAUUUUGUAGUUGAUAAUUUGAAUGAUGAUGAUGAUGAUUUGAGCAUUCCACUGCAAUGGGAUUCUUUUCAAUUGGAGGAUGAUCUUGGCGGCGUUAAUAAUGAUUUGGAGUGGGAAGAGGUGGAUGAUAGAGUUGAUGAAAGAGAAGUAUUGAGUGUUGUUGCUGAUCAUGAUGAAGAUGGGUCGAUUUCGGUUUUGCCUAUCUCAGAGCCUGAGGAAGAAAAUGAGGUUGAGGAAAGAGGGAGAGGGUUGGGGAAUGUGGCAUGGGAGGUGCUGUUGAAUGUUAACAAUUUAGGGAGAAAUCCUGAGAUGAUGGCAAAUGAUGAUGACGAUGACGAUAUUGGGCCUUACUUUGGUGACAAUGAUGAUCUCCUUAAUGCUGCAGAGUAUGAGUUGACGUUUGGGCAGUUUGCUGAGAGUGAGAAUGCUUCCUUGAACCGCCCCCCUGCUUCGAAGGUUGUUGUUGAGAAGCUCCCUUCAGUGAUCACUACUAAAGAGGAUGUGGUGAAUGAGAAAGCACUUUGUGCUGUAUGUAAGGAUCAGAUAGAGAUUGGAGAGGAUGGAAAGCAAUUGCCUUGUUUACAUCGGUAUCAUGGUGAUUGCAUCCUCCCAUGGCUUGGGAUCCGAAACACGUGUCCUCUAUGUCGGUAUGAAUUGCCUACCGAUGACCCUGAUUACGAGCAGAGGAGGACCCGAACAGCAGCUCGUAUCCUAUGAUUUGUUCAAAAAGAAAGGAAUGCUAUAGGUUUCACACAAUGUAGAUAAAAAGCUUAUCUUGGAAGAGUGAUUUUUUUUAGGUAAGGAUAGCAAAACUCAAUCAAUAUGUAUAUUUUUUCUGUUUGAUUUGUUGUGUUUAGACUGUAGUAACUUGAUUUUUCAUGUUAAUGUGUGAAGUUUGAACCCAUUCAAACAUAUUAGGUUUGGCAAUUCCCGGUGUAAUUAUUAUCUUGAGACUUUGAUACAACCUCAUUGAGGAUUGCCAUGCCGCAGGUUUUGGUCAGAAGAUACUAACUAAAAAUUAUGUCAUCAUUUUAUUAGUAAACACAAUAAAGAUUUGGGUUUUUGUCUUUCA